UCACUCUAUCAGGCAGAUAGCCAGCCCUUUUGCAAUUCACAGGUAUAAAAUCAGUUUCAUUAAUUGACAAUCUCGUUAGUAAAUUAGUAAAAUGUUGAUGUUAGUGUUUGGUAUUUGCCUUGUCGGGUAUUCGGUAUCCACACCAGCCAUAGAAGAUACUAGGAUAGUAGGAGGUGAAGAUGUUGACAUUACUGAGGUGCCGUAUCAAGUCUCCUUGAUGUUCAGAGGAAGGCAUACAUGUGGCGGUGCUAUUAUUUCCAAUGAUCUUGUGAUUACUGCUGCUCAUUGUUUGGUUGGUUCCCUCCCUAGUAAUCUUCAAAUCCGAGCUGGCUCUUCCUCCAGCCGAACUGGCGGUGAAAUCUACCAAGUUGGAGACUAUGUAUACCAUUCAAACUUCACUUAUAGUCGGAUGGACUGUGACAUUGGUGUGCUAUGGCUCUCCCAGCCUAUAGAGUUCAAUGAAAGAGUAGCACCUAUAGAUUUGUACGAACAGGAUGAAGAAAUAGAGGAUGGUGAUGAGACGAUUGUUACGGGAUGGGGCAAUUUAAGGGAAGGUGGUGGUUCUCCGCAAACUCUUCAAAUUGUAUCUGUACCAACAGUGAGCGAAGGCAUGUGCAGCAGGGCGUAUUCACCACUAUACAGGAUCACUAAGUCGAUGCUUUGUGCCGGUGUACCUGAAGGUGGAAAGGAUGCUUGUCAGGGUGACAGCGGUGGCCCCCUCGUCCACGACGGCAAGUUAGCUGGUAUCGUCUCCUGGGGCCUCGGGUGUGCAAGACCGAACUACCCAGGGGUCUACGCGAAGGUAUCCCACUUGAGGGACUGGAUAGACGACCAGGUCACGUACUUGAGACUGAAACAUAUAUUUAGAAUUUUUUGAGAGAUUUUGUAUUUUAUAUAAUAAAGGUUUUGAAAAUUUA